UCAGUCCUAUAUAAGUUUCACAUUCUGUUUUAGUUUCUUCACUUGCUUUCUUCUUCUUUCUUAAAUUUUGUUUCAUCCUCUACUGUGUCCAAACUCUGACCUAACACCCUAAACCACAAGAAGAAGAUCAAACAUGUCGGUUGCCAUGGCUGAUCACCUUCAAGUUAUAAACCCUCACAAGUACGUUAACAUCGACGGAAAGCGGUUUAAGUUCAUCAUCAAGUUCCCUCAGAUUCCUAAGAUACAAGACAACUCUGAAAUUUCCAUGCCUCUUCAGAAAUCCAUACCCAAACCCAAACAGAAUCCUGACAUAGCCAUUGAAAAUCCUAAGACAUUCGUACCCAAACCAGAGACUCAGAAACCACUGCUUAAACCCAAGAGACAAGAGAAUCUUGGCAUGUCUCAUCACUUGAAAACCCCAACGAAAUUGAUGCCUAAACGACAGAUUCAGAAACCCAAGAGAUCGAGUCAUAUUCACGUUGCCAUGCCUGAUCAAAGUAAAGACCGUAAGAAAUUGAUACCCAGACCAGAGAUUCUUGAAGACAAGAAGCCACACAACGGAUUCUUGAGGGAUAACAUAAAAGAACAGAUUCUUCAAGGUUUAUCAAUGGUGUUUCAAGAAGCUCAGGAUGAAGAAUUCAGGACUGAACUAAAAAGGUGCAAUCCAGGGCUGAUUGCCUCUUCUAUUGAAUCUCUACUGUUUGUCAAAUGGGGAUUGUCCAACACGGCAUGCCGCCCCAAGUACCGAUCGCUGAUAUUCAACGUUAAAGAUCCUAAGAAUCCAGAUUUUAGAAGAAAACUUCUUCUCGGAACAAUCAAACCAGAAGAAUUGGCUAAUAUGAACGCACAAGAGAUGGCCAGUGACGAUAGAAAGCGUGAGAACCAAGUCAUCCGAGAAAGAAAAUUAUACCCAAACUGCAAUAAAUCAUGAGCCAAAAAAUUCAGUAGAUUUGUAUCUGAUUUCCAUUUAUUAGUUGUAAUUGUUCUUCUUUUAGUUCUAUGUAGUGACAGUGGAAGAACUAGUAGAAUGAUCUGAUUUUGUA